AAUGGUAGGGGAGAGUGAAUGUUGUUUAAGGCGAGGCGUGAUGGUGUCGCGCAUAAGCUCAAUGCACCGCCCGAAGCCCUAUGACGACGCUUGCCAAGAUCGGCAAAGCGCCCUGCGCCACGCACGUGCUCAUCAACUCAACGCACUUAAGUACUUCAACGCUUCACGCUUUGCUCUCGAAUAAUCGUGUGAAUAUCGUCGUGGUCUAGUAACCCUAUUGAAAAUUAAAGAGAGACAGCUUGAAGAUCACAUUUUUCUUCCGGUGCGCACCUCUCUCUCUCCAUGCCCGUCGGGAGUCAAAGGCGCUACCAUUAAGUUACAGGAAAUUCGUAAAGCGCACCAAGUAUGGGAGGUGCGGCAAGCGAAUGACCUCCGAUUUCAUCGCACUCUAGGAAUCUUUUAUCAACAUU